AUGGACCCUUGUAUCGUCUGUCUUGCGGAACUGCCGGACAAGAAUCUCCCCCGGACUGGCGCCGAUGGCCUCCCAAUCUCGUACAACCUCGACGACCUAGCUGAGUUUCUCUUGGCACGCCUCCCUUGUUCCCAUUUCAUGCACAACAGCUGCCUCAAACCUUGGGUAGAACGCGCAAAUAGUUGUCCGAUAUGUCGGAAAGCAUUCAAUGUUGUCGAGCUCGUUACAAGUCCAACUGGGGAACCGUUAUCAAGCUACGUUGUCGACGACAAGACCCAAGUCUCCGAAACCAAUGACCACAACAUCCUUCCCUCCGGAGCUAAUGAAAACGAGAGAGGAGGAGUAGGAGGAGGCUUCUCUCACGAGUGCUUCAUCUGUAAUGAGUCAGGGUAUUCAGAUCUCCUGCUUUUUUGCGAUGACUGCCGUAGUCCAUAUCAUACUUACUGUCUUGGCAUCGAGGCAGCUCCCGGGGGGUUAUGGUACUGUCCGCCCUGUGUGAUUGAACGUCCAUCGCUCGGAUCGCGAAAUAAUGAUUCUCGCCCGACCGGGAGAAGAAAUCGUACACGUCCGAACUAUGAUCCCUGGGAAAGAGUUUGGCUUACCGUCGGUGGCCGAUACGAGGCGCUCGAAGUCGAGUACAGCACAAAUAAUGAAGACGACGGAGUGCCUGAGCCCAUCGAACGGGAUAUAAAUGCAUGGCAUAGACGAAUCGAUGUUGCUAGACGGCUGGGGGCUGCAGAGGUUUUGAAUGAAGCUGUUCCUCGUAUCCUGGAACGCCUGCCACUGGUCGAGAAGGAACCAGAAAUGUCGCCGGAAGAGAAAGAGGCUUGGGCUAUGCUUGAAGAAGCCGAGGAUGCCUUACUUCACCCUGAAGAACACGAAGAAGAAGAAGAGGAGGAGGAGGAGGGAGAGGACGAAGAACUCAUGGACGAAACACAAGAUCACACAGCCGAACGUAACGUGGCGGCAUCGCGGAAGAGGCGGCUUAGCAAGCUGCUAACAUCCUCCCCCCAGGCUGAAAGAAAACUUCGUGAAGAUGGAACCAGUGUAGAGCCCCAGGAUGUUCCACCCGAAUCUCCGUCCCAGCCGGCCCCAGAGCGGAAACUCAAACGGCCAAGGACCCGGCGACUUGUCCCACAGUCCUUGGCUAAUCUCGACUCGCCCCCGGUUGAAACCAUUCAGCCCAGACGGUUAAGCGCAGAUGCCGGGUCGAAUUCACCCACUGCCACUCGAGACCCUGCACCAUCUUCACCUACUCUCCUUGACACACUCUUGGCCGACAUCGACAAGGUACAGCCAUCCACUAUGGCUGGACUCAAAUUUCCCCGUCCAAUUUCAAGCAAUCGUCCUACCUUUCUACCACCGUCUUCUCCAUUAACACCGCCAACAGAAGGACCGGAGUCAUCACCCUCUUCUCCAACCAACGAAUACUUACAGCCUCAGGAAGUCACUCUUCCCCAUAGCCCACCAGCUGAACCAUCAUCGCCUCCACCACGUCAAGACUCAGCAUCGCCCUCCGGUUUAUCCCUCUCAAACAAGAAGGAAGUUGAAAAGCUCGUCCGCUUGGCAUUAGCACCGUACUACCAUGCCGGCGACAUGUCAAGCGACCAAUUUGCCGAAAUAAACAAAGCAGUUUCGAGAGCUUUGUACAAUAAGAUCACAGGUGACGGAAGAAUCCGUGAAUGGGAGAAGUCGAGGUGGAUGGGAUAUGCGAAGAAGGAAGUGGAGAAGCAUGUUGAGGUUCUGAGGGGUUCAAAGGCUUGA